GGGCGGGCGGCUCCGGCAUGGAGGAUGGCUCCGCUUCUGCUGCAGCUGGCGGUACUCGGCGCGGCGCUGGCGGCCGCAGCCCUCGUACUGAUUUCCGUCGUUGCAUUUAUAACUGCUACAAAAAUGCCAGCACUCCAUCGACAUGAAGAAGAGAAGUUCUUCUUAAAUGCCAAAGGCCAGAAAGAAACUUUACCCAGCAUAUGGGACUUACCUACCAAACAACUUUCUGUCGUUGUGCCUUCAUACAAUGAAGAAAAACGGUUGCCUGUGAUGAUGGAUGAAGCUCUGAGCUAUCUAGAGAAGAGACAGAAACGAGAUCCUGCGUUCACUUAUGAAGUGAUAGUAGUUGAUGACGGCAGUAAAGAUAAGACCUCAAAGGUAGCUUUUAAAUAUUGCCAGAAAUAUGGAAGUGACAAAGUACGUGUGAUAACUCUGGUGAAGAAUCGUGGGAAAGGUGGAGCGAUUAGAAUGGGUAUAUUCAGUUCUCGAGGAGAAAAGAUCCUUAUGGCAGAUGCUGAUGGAGCCACAAAGUUUCCAGAUGUUGAGAAAUUAGAAAAGGGACUAAAUGACCUACAGCCUUGGCCUAAUCAAAUGGCUAUAGCAUGUGGAUCUCGAGCUCAUUUGGAAAAAGAAUCAAUUGCUCAGCGUUCUUACUUCCGUACUCUUCUCAUGUAUGGGUUCCACUUUCUGGUGUGGUUCCUUUGUGUCAAAGGAAUCAGGGACACACAGUGUGGGUUCAAAUUAUUUACUCGAGAAGCAGCUUCGCAGACGUUUUCAUCGCUACACGUUGAACGAUGGGCAUUUGAUGUAGAACUACUGUACAUAGCACAGUGCUUUAAAAUUCCAAUAGCAGAAAUUGCUGUCAACUGGACAGAAAUUGAAGGUUCUAAAUUAGUUCCAUUUUGGAGCUGGCUACAAAUGGGCAAAGACCUACUUUUUAUACGACUUCGAUAUAUGACUGGUGCCUGGAGGCUUGAGCAAACUCGGAAAAUGAAUUAGGUUGUUUGCAGUCUUCAGUUGUGUUCAUAUGCGUCAGUGUCACAUUUCAUUUCAUUUGAAACUAAAAUUUUAAGUAAAGCUGGAAUCAACUUCCUGUCAUUGUCUGCCUUUUGAUAAUUUUAAAGAAGUAACUUCCCGUAAGUAAAAAAUUGUAUAUCUCUUUGGAUAUAAA